AUGAACUCAAGCGGACGUUUGGACCGUCUGAGUGACGCUUUCACAAAGAACUUCAUUACCUUUGCUGUCGGACUCAUCAUCAACUGCAUCAAUGGAGCUUUUGUCUACACUUACUGUAAGAGCCAGGUCUUCCAGCGAGACCCCAGAUAUGUGCUCUACAUCCAUUUAGUGAUCAACGACAUGAUUCUGCUGACAGUUUCUGUGAUGCUGCAGAUCCUGACCUACAGCAUCCCCCUGACCUUUGCUCCCUGCUGCAUUCUGCUGCUCAUCCUAGUCACUACAAACAAGAACAGCCCUCUGAACCUGGCUGGCAUGGCGGUGGAGCGUUACAUUGCUGUCUGUCGUCCUCUUCAUCACGCCCAGAUCUGCACCGUGCAGCGAGCCUACGCUCUCAUUGCACUGAUCUGGGUCGUCUCCUUCUUCCCCGCCAUCACAGACGUCUUCAUCACCCUCGCCACGCAGCCCUUCACUGUCUUCUCAAGUAAUGUCAUCUGUUACCCGUCCUACGUGUACAACACACCGUACCACCAGGCCCACAGUCAGGUUGUCCAGGUGCUUCUGCUGUCCUUCGUCUUCCUGACUGUGAUCCUCACCUACCUGAAGGUCCUCUGCGCUGCCCGGGCAGCUUCUGGUUCCAACCAAGCCUCGGCCAGAAACGCCCGCAACACCAUCCUGCUGCACGGAGUCCAGCUCCUCAUCUGCAUGCUGGCGUUCAUCGCCCCCUUCAUCACCAUCAUUCUAGUCACCACGUGGCCCCGAGGCAGAACCACAAUCCUCUUCACCAGCUUCCUGUUUAACAAUGUGCUUCCACGUCUGCUCAGUCCGCUCAUCUACGGCGUCAGAGACAAGAAGUUCAGCAGCCACAUCAGGAUGCACUUCUGCUGUAAAUGCUUGAACUCUGUAGAAGAGAGGGCGAAGCUGAAAGGACGCCAGAGAAGAGCCGAUCUUGUUCCGGAAUGUGACGGAAACAGCCGAAGACUGUCCCUGAGAGAAGACAGUGAAGCAGAGGCUCAGAUGGAGGAAACCUGCGCUCCCACAGCGGACUCUGUCUCCUCCUCCCUGCGGUGCAACCCCUCAGACGGACGCUGCUCCUCAAAGUUUCCCGCAGAAGAAGUUCGCUGUUUGUUCUCAUCAUCCGACGACCCGAGUGCGACAGUUCGGUCCCUGAAAGUGUCAAACUUAUCCACACAUCAUGGGGUGAGUCUGACAUGUGAGGAGGAGGAUGCUGAUCCGGUGAGGAAGGAGUGA